UGAGAGCAAAGGUGACCACGAUAAAAUCCCCAGAGAGAAGAAGGCACGUAAAAAUUUGGAGUGUGGAGAAAGCUGCAGUCAGAGAUCCCAUUCCACUUCCCAUCAACAAAAUCUCAUUGGAAAGAAACUCUAUCAGUGCAUGGAAUGUGGAAAAAGCUUCAGGAAGAGCUCCGCUCUCACUUCCCAUCAAAGAAUUCAUACAGGGGAGAAACCCUAUCAGUGUGUGGAAUGUGGAAAGAGCUUCAGUCAGUGUGCCCAUCUCACUUCCCAUCAAAGAAUUCAUACAGGGGAGAAACCCUAUCAGUGUGUGGAAUGUGGAAAGAGCUUCACUGAUAGCUCCGAUCUCACUUCCCAUCAAAGAAUUCAUACAGGGGAGAAACCCUAUCAGUGUGUGGAAUGUGGAAAGAGCUUCAGGAGGAGCUUCGAUCUCACUUCCCAUCAAAGAAUUCAUACAGGGGAGAAACCCUAUCAGUGUGUGGAAUGUGGAAAGAGCUUCAGUCAGAGUGCCCAUCUCACUUCCCAUCAAAGAAUUCAUACAGGGGAGAAACCCUAUCAGUGUGUGGAAUGUGGAAAGAGCUUCAGGAGGAGCUCCGAUCUCACAUCCCAUCAAAGAAUUCAUACAGGGGAGAAACCCUAUCAGUGUGUGGAAUGUGGAAAGAGCUUCAGUCAGAGUGCCCAUCUCACUUCCCAUCAAAGAAUUCAUACAGGGGAGAAACCCUAUCAGUGUGUGGAAUGUGGAAAGAGCUUCACAGAUAGUUCUGCUCUCAUUUCCCAUAAAAGAAUUCAUACAGGGGAGAAACCCUAUCAGUGUGUGGAAUGUGGAAAGAGCUUCAGGAAGAGUUCCAAUCUCACUAAGCAUCAGAGAAUUCAUACAGGGGAGAAACCCUAUCAGUGUGUGGAAUGUGGAAAGAACUUCAGGAAGAGCUCCUCCCUUACUUCCCAUCAAAUAAUUCAUACAGGGGAAAAACCUUAUCAGUGCAUAGAAUGUGGAAAGAGCUUCACUGAUAGCUCUAAACUCACUUCCCAUCAAAGAAUUCAUACAGGGGAGAAACCCUAUCAGUGCGUGGAAUGUGGAAAGAGCUUCACUCAGAGCUCCCAUCUCACUUCCCAUCACAGAAUUCAUACAGGGGAGAAACCCUAUCAGUGUGUGGAAUGUGGAAAGAGCUUCACUCACAACCACAGUUUCACUUCCCAUCAAAGAAUUCAUACAGGGGAGAAACCCUAUCAGUGCGUGGAAUGUGGAAAGAACUUCAGGAAGAGCUCCUCUCUCACUUUCCAUCACAGAAUUCAUACAGGGGAGAAACCCUAUCAGUGCGUGGAAUGUGGAAAGAGCUUCAGUCAGAGUGCCAAUCUCACUUCCCAUCACAGAAUUCAUACAGGGGAGAAACCCUAUCAGUGUGUGGUAUGUGAAAAGAGCUUCAGAAAUAGCUCCUCUCUCACUUCCCAUCACAGAAUUCAUACAGGGGAGAAACCCUAUCAUUGCAUGGAAUGUGGAAAAAGCUUCACAGAUAGUUCCUCUCUCAUUUCCCAUCAAAGAAUUCAUACAGGGGAGAAACCCUAUCAGUGUGUGGAAUGUGGAAAGAGCUUCAGGAAGAGCUCCCAUCUCACUUCCCAUCAAAGAAUUCAUACAGGGGAGAAACCCUAUCAGUGUGUGGAAUGUGGAAAGAGCUUCAGGAAGAGCUCCUCUCUCACUUCCCAUCAAAGAAUUCAUACAGGGGAAAAACCCUAUCAGUGUGUGGAAUGUGGAAAGAGCUUCACAGAUAACUCCUCUCUCACUUACCAUGAAAGAAUUCAUACAGGGGAGAAACCCUAUCAGUGUGCAGAAUGUGGAAAAAGCUUCAUUAGAAACUCCGAUCUCACUUCCCAUCAAAGAAUUCAUACAGGGGAGAAACCCUAUCAGUGUGUGGAAUGUGGAAAAAGCUUCACUGAAAGCUCCUCUCUCACUUACCAUCAAAGAAUUCAUACGGGGGAGAAACCAUAUCAGUGCUUUGAAUGUGGAAAGAGCUUCAGAAAUAGUUCCUCUCUCACUUCCCAUCACACAAUUCAUACAGGGGAGAAACCCUAUCAGUGUGUGGAAUGUGGAAAGAGCUUCACCCACCACUCCAAUCUCACCUCCCAUCAAAGAAUUCAUACAGGGGAGAAACCCUAUCAGUGUGUGGAAUGUGGAAAGAGCUUCACUGAAAGCUCCAACCUCACCUCCCAUCAAAGAAUUCAUACAGGGGAGAAACCCUAUCAGUGUAUGGAAUGUGGAAAGAGCUUCAGUCAGAGCUCCCAUCUCACUUCCCAUCAAAGAAUUCAUACAGGGGAGAAACCCUAUCAGUGUGUGGAAUGUGGAAAGAGCUUCAGGAAGAGCUCCGAUCUCACUAAGCAUCAGAGAAUUCAUACAAGGGAGAAACCCUAUCAGUGUGUGGAAUGUGGAAAGAGCUUCCGUCAGAGCUCCGAUCUCACUUACCAUCACAGAAUUCAUACAGGGGAGAAACCCUAUCAGUGUGUGGAAUGUGGAAAGAGCUUCCGUCAGAGCUCCGAUCUCACUUACCAUCACAGAAUUCAUACAGGGGAGAAACCCUAUCAGUGUGUGGAAUGUGGAAAGAGCUUCAGGCAGAGCUCCCAUCUCACUUCCCAUCACAGAAUUCAUACAGGGGAGAAACCCUAUCAGUGUGUGGAAUGUGGAAAGAGCUUCAGGAAGACCUCCUCUCUCACUUCUCAUCAAAUAAUUCAUACAGGGGAGAAACCCUAUCAGUGUGUGGAAUGUGGAAAGAGCUUCAGGAAGAGCUCCUCUCUCAUUUCCCAUCAAAGAAUUCAUACAGCGGAGAAACCCUAUCAGUGUGUGGAAUGUGGAAAGAGCUUCACAGAUAGCUCCAGUUUCACUAGGCAUCAGAGAAUUUAUACAGGGGAGAAACCCUAUCAGUGUGUGGAAUGUGGAAAGAGCUUCAGGAAGAGCUCCGAUCUCACUAAGCAUCAGAGAAUUCAUACAAGGGAGAAACCCUAUCAGUGUGUGGAAUGUGGAAAGAGCUUCCGUCAGAGCUCCGAUCUCACUUACCAUCACAGAAUUCAUACAGGGGAGAAACCCUAUCAGUGUGUGGAAUGUGGAAAGAGCUUCCGUCAGAGCUCCGAUCUCACUUACCAUCACAGAAUUCAUACAGGGGAGAAACCCUAUCAGUGUGUGGAAUGUGGAAAGAGCUUCAGGCAGAGCUCCCAUCUCACUUCCCAUCACAGAAUUCAUACAGGGGAGAAACCCUAUCAGUGUGUGGAAUGUGGAAAGAGCUUCAGGAAGACCUCCUCUCUCACUUCUCAUCAAAUAAUUCAUACAGGGGAGAAACCCUAUCAGUGUGUGGAAUGUGGAAAGAGCUUCACUGUUAGCUCUAAACUCACUUCCCAUCAAAGUAUCCAUACAAAGGUUGGAAAAACCAGUAUAUAGCUUUAGGAGCCAGGCAAAUCCACACCUUUUUAACCAGGCCUUUUUCUUAUUGACAUCUAAUACUAUUUUAACGUGAUGUUUUGUGUUUUUAUGUUGUGUUUUUAUGUUCUAAGCAUUCUGAGACGUGGGUGUAUGAAUACAGCCACUCUUAAAUUCCUAGGGGUCUUUGCCCCCCC